UAGCAGCUGCUGCUCCCGGCCGCCAUGUUGAUCUCAGCUUUGCCCGCAGCAACCCUUCGUGAGACAGCAGCAGCAGCAGCAGCACCAGCAGAGCGAGCGGCGGUGGCUUCCAGAGGGCACAAGGAGAGGAGGAUGCGGAGCAGCUGGCGAAUGAGCCCAGGGGCACAGUAGGACUGGCCGAGGGAGCACGACGGAAGGAGACGGCAUGCGCAGCCGUUAUUAGCGUCGGGAAGCAGAGGAAAUAAAAGAUGGAAUGAGAGGGGGGCUCUUUUCUGUCCAGUGCACUUAACCAAGGAGUGGCUUCACUUUUUUAUGUGUUUUUCAAUGUUAAAUUGAAGAUUUUGCCACGGAUGCGGUUUUCGAACAGAUGAGGAGAGGUUAUGCGCUUGUGUUCUUCACUGAACGGUAAAAUCGGAAGGAUUACAGACAAGCAUGGAUGGGCUGCCAGUUUAAAGGGAUCGGGCUCGUGAGUCGGAAGAGAAACGAAGCUCCAUGAGAAGGGGAAUAACGCUUUUCGGAAUGUCGCUCGGCAUUUGGGCUGCUGGGGAGUUUUCGCCGUCCACAGAGGGGACGCACACAUGACGGAAUAGUCGCCGUAUUCGCUCGUUCAAAUUGCAUUUUAUUUCCCCCAUCCACCGACCUCCGCAUUUUGGACUGCAUGACAGGAAGGUUCACACGAACGCCAGCUAGCGAAUAGCGGUUGUUGGUUUGUCAUUUUUUUAUUGUUAUUUUUUUUUAACAACGAAUCUACUUUUAUCAUUGUCGUUUUAAAUCCUGCCUCGCCCCGCGAUACCCUCAUAAUGUCGGGCGAGGUUCGCUUGAAGAAGCUGGAGCAGCUGAUUCUGGAUGGCCCGGCGCAAUCUAAUGGCCAGUGCCUCAGCGUGGAGACUCUGCUGGAUGUCCUCAUUUGUCUCUACGAUGAAUGCAGCGGCUCCCCUCUCAGGAGAGAGAAAAAUGUGCUCGAAUUUUUGGACUGGGCAAAACCCUUUGCCUCAAAAGUUAAACAGAUGAGGCUACACAAAGAGGACUUUGAAAUACUUAAAGUGAUAGGAAGAGGUGCCUUUGGUGAGGUUGCUGUGGUGAAAGUGAAAAAUACUGACAAGGUUUUUGCCAUGAAAAUACUGAACAAAUGGGAAAUGCUAAAGAGAGCGGAGACUGCUUGUUUUCGAGAAGAGAGAGAUGUGUUGGUAAAUGGUGAUAACCAGUGGAUCACAACAUUGCACUAUGCCUUUCAGGAUGAAAAUUACUUGUACCUUGUUAUGGACUACUACGUGGGUGGAGACCUACUUACUUUGCUCAGUAAGUUUGAAGAUAGAUUGCCAGAGGAGAUGGCUCGAUUUUACCUUGCUGAAAUGGUGCUCGCUAUUGACUCGGUUCAUCAACUUCAUUAUGUUCACAGGGACAUAAAGCCUGAUAAUAUCCUAAUGGAUAUGAAUGGACACAUCCGACUUGCAGACUUUGGUUCUUGUCUAAAGCUGAUGGAGGAUGGGACGGUUCAAUCCUCAGUGGCUGUGGGAACACCAGACUAUAUCUCUCCAGAAAUCUUACAAGCAAUGGAAGAUGGCAAGGGGAAAUAUGGUCCUGAAUGUGACUGGUGGUCCCUAGGCGUUUGCAUGUAUGAAAUGCUUUAUGGAGAAACUCCUUUUUAUGCUGAAUCAUUAGUGGAGACCUAUGGCAAAAUAAUGAACCACAAAGAGAGGUUUCAGUUUCCAGCACAGCCCAUGGAUGUCUCAGAAAAUGCCAAAGACUUGAUAAGGAGACUGAUUUGCAGCAGAGAACAUAGGCUUGGACAAAAUGGCAUUGAAGACUUUAAGAAACACCCAUUUUUUGCUGGCAUUGAUUGGGACAACAUACGAAACUGUGAAGCACCUUAUAUUCCUGAAGUCAGCAGUCCCACAGACACAUCGAAUUUUGAUGUAGAUGAUGACUGCUUGAAGAAUUCUGAAACAAUGCCACCCCCUUCCCAUACUGCCUUUUCUGGUCACCAUUUACCAUUUGUUGGGUUUACAUACACUAGCAGCUGUUCUCUGUCUGACCGUGGAUGUCUAAGAGACAUUUGUGGACCUGCCUCCACAGAAAUUGACGUUAGUAUUCAGAGAAGCCUGGAAGACAGCUUAGCUACGGAAGCUUAUGAAAGGAGAAUACGUCGUCUAGAACAGGAAAAGACUGAGCUGAGUCGAAAACUGCAAGAAUCAACACAGACUGUCCAGGCUCUGCAGUAUUCCAGCAUAGAUGGUCCAGUAUCUGCAAGCAAAGAAGUCGAAAUACGAAGUUUAAAAGAAGAAAUUGAAAAUCUAAAAAAGCAGAUAACGGAGUCCGGACAGCUAGAACAGCGGCUAGAAGAGGCCAGCAGUGCAAGAAGAGAGCUAGAAGAUAGCUCCCGGCAAAUAAAGAUGCUUGAAAAACAAAUGAAAGUGGUAAAGCAAGAAAAGGAAGGCCUUCAAAAGGAACUGAUUGAGACAAGUGAGAAGUUAAAAUGCCAGACAAAGGAGCUCAAAGAUGCCCACAGUCAAAGGAAAAUAGCAAUGCAAGAAUUUUCUGAGAUGAAUGAGCGUUUAACUGAACUGCGAUCUCAAAAGCAGAAGUUGACAAGGCAGCUUCGAGAUAAGGAAGAAGAAAUUGAAGGUUUUGUGCAGAAAAUUGAAAACCUGCGGCAAGAUAUACGCAAAGUAGAAAGGCUUAAGAAGGAGCUUGAAGCACAAGCAGAAGCAGCAUCAGCAGAAGCUUCAAAAGAAAAGAAGCUAAGAGAGAGAAGUGAGCAGUAUGCUAAACAACUUGAAGAAGAGCUGGAAGGGCUAAAGCAAAAGCAAGUAGGUCGGUCCCCUGGGAUCAGCAAUGUGGAGCAUCAGCAAGAGAUUGCCAAGCUCAGGUCUGACCUAGAGAAGAAGAGUGUAUUUUAUGAAGAAGAGCUAUCCAAGCGAGAGAUGAUGCAUGCAAAUGAGCUUAAAAACUUGAGAAAGGAGCUGAGGGAUGCCGAGAGUCAGCAGCUGACACUCAAGAAGGAAAUAAUGAUUCUGAAGGAUAAGUUAGAUAAGACCCGAAGAGAGAGUCAAAGUGAAAGAGAAGAAUUUGAGACAGAAUUUAAGCAAAAAUAUGAAAGAGAGAAAAUAUUAUUGAUGGAGGAGAACAAAAAACUUUCAAAUGAAUUAGAUAAGCUUACAUCCAUGUUUGAGAAACUGAGUAGCAGUAACCGACAGCUGGAAGAUGAAAUGAGAGAACUGGCAGAUAAAAAGGAGUCUGUAGCUCAUUGGGAGGCCCAAAUCACAGAAAUCAUUCAAUGGGUAAGUGAUGAAAAGGAUGCCCGUGGUUACUUACAAGCUCUAGCCACAAAAAUGACUGAGGAACUGGAGGGUUUGAGGAAUUCAAGUCUUGGUGCCAGGGCUACGGACAUGCCUUGGAAGAUGCGUCGCUUUGCAAAGCUGGAUAUGUCUGCAAGGCUGGAACUGCAGUCGGCCCUAGAUGCAGAGAUCCGGGCAAAGCAAGGUAUUCAGGAUGAAUUAAACAAGGUUAAAGCAUCAAAUAUUUCCACAGAAUGUAAGCUGCAGGAGUCAGAGAAGAAGAACUGGGACCUCUUGGCAGAAAUAGAAAAACUAAAAAAAGAGGCUGAGGACUUUCGAAUGGAAAAGGGUGUAAAGCAUCAAGACUCACAGAAUUCUUUCUUGGCGUUUCUGAAUGCCCCCACCUCUGCUUUGGAUCAAUUUGAUCGUUCUCCUGCCUGUGUCCCGGCUAACAAAGGCAGACGUAUUGAUUCUAUUGAAAAUUUUAACUUGUCUAAUACACCUUCACGAGAUGAAGAAUCAAAGUCCCAGAUUUAUUCAAGAUCCAGGUCACCAUCAACUGCAAGUGAUAUGGAAGCAAUCGAGAUUAUAGAUCACCCACCACAUAAUAUACAGACACCUACAAUGAGGUCAACAUACAGUGGAUCCGGUCUGUCAGCACCUAAGCCCAAAGCCCAUCAGUUUAUUGUGAAGUCAUUCAGUACUCCUACAAAAUGUAAUCAGUGCACCUCUUUAAUGGUGGGAUUGAUACGACAAGGCUGUGCUUGUGAAGUUUGUGGAUUCUCAUGUCAUGUGACCUGUGCCGACAAAGCUCCAGCUGUGUGUCCAAUUCCAUCUGACCAAACAAAAGGACCUCUGGGAAUUGAUCCACAAAAAGGGAUUGGAACUGCUUAUGAAGGAAAUGUUAGGGUACCUAAACCUGCAGGUGUGAAAAAAGGCUGGCAAAGAUCCAUUGCAGUAGUGUGUGACUUCAAACUGUUCUUGUAUGACUUACCAGAAGGAAAGACUUCCCAGCCUACAGUGGUAGUGAGCCAGGUCAUUGACAUGAGAGAUGAGGAUUUUUCAGUCAGUUCAGUUUUAGCUUCAGAUGUCAUUCAUGCCAACAGGAAGGACAUUCCAUGCAUCUUUCGGGUGACAGCUUCACAGCUUUCAGCAUCAAAUAGCAAGUGUUCAAUCCUAAUACUGGCUGACAGUGAAAAUGAAAAGAACAAGUGGAUUGGUGUUUUAAAUGAAUUACAUCGUAUCUUGAAGAAAAACAAACUGAAAGAUAGAUCGGUCUAUAUGCCCAAAGAGGCCUAUGAUAGCACUCUUCCUUUAAUCAAAACCACUCAGUCUGCUUCUAUCUUAGAUCAUGAAAGAAUAGCCCUGGGAAAUGAAGAAGGCCUCUUUGUUGUACAUGUAACUAAAGAUGAGAUCAUACGAGUGGGUGAUAACAAAAAAGUCCACCAGAUUGAGCUAAUCCCAAGUGAACAGCUAAUAGCAGUGAUAUCAGGGAGAAACCGACAUGUUCGACUGUACCCCAUAUCUGCCUUAGAUGGUCGAGAAGCAGAAUUUUAUAAAUUGGCAGAAACAAAAGGCUGCCAGACUAUUAUAUCUGGGCAGGUCAGGCAUGGAGCAAUGACUUGCCUCUGUGUGGCAAUGAAGAGACAAGUGAUAUGUUAUGAACUGAACCAGAGCAAAACUCGCCAUAAAAAGAUCAAAGACAUUCAGGUUCCAGGCAAUGUCCAGUGGAUGGCCAUUUAUAGCGAGCGCCUCUGUGUUGGCUACCAGUCAGGAUUCAUGAAGUACAGCCUGCAUGGUGAAGUAAAUGCAAUCAGCCUACUGCAUUUUGAUGAUCACACACUUUCCUUCAUCACACAACAAGGGAUGGAUGCCAUAUGUGCAGUGGAAAUCUCCAACAAGGAGUAUCUGCUGUGUUUCAGUAGUAUAGGCAUAUAUGUGGACUGUCAAGGUCGGCGAUCAAGGCAACAGGAACUGAUGUGGCCAGCAGUUCCCAUAGCUUCAUGUUAUAAUGCACCAUACCUUUCAGUCUACAGUGAAAAUGCCAUUGAUGUUUUUGAUGUCAACACAAUGGAGUGGAUCCAAACAAUUCCUUUGAAGAAGGUGCGUCCUUUGAAUACAGAUGGUUCCUUAAAUCUUCUAGGUCUGGAAACUGUUAGAUUAAUAUAUUUCAAGAACAAAAUGGCAGAAGGAGAUGAGUUGGUAGUUCCUGAAACAUCUGACAAUAGCAGAAAACAGAUGGUUCGGAAUAUCAACAAUAAGAGGCGCUAUUCCUUUAGAGUGCCCGAGGAGGAGAGGAUGCAGCAAAGGAGGGAAAUGCUUAGGGACCCAGAGAUGAGAAAUAAGCUAAUUUCCAACCCAACAAAUUUUAACCACAUUGUCCAUAUGGGACCUGGUGAUGGUAUCCAGAUUCUUAAAGAUCUACCCAUGCCAGGUUCCCCUCAUCCAUCCCAUAAUCAUCAAUUGUGCUUGAUCUCAACUCCAACCAACUUUGAACACGUCUAUCACAUGACUGUCAAUUCCGCUGAAAACUUCCUCUAUUAUGAUUCCAUAAACCCUUCCUACUCCCCAUCUCUUCGUUCUGUGUCAGGAACUAUGUCUCCACGGAGCCUUCGCCCGCAAGAGAGCCGUACCAUGUUUAGUGGGUCUGUAAGCAUACCCUCCAUUGCAAAAUCCCGAACUGAACCAGGCCGUUCAAUGAGUGCAAGCAGUGGACUGGGAUCACGGCCCACAGCACAGAAUGGAAAUGCCCUCAGACGAGAGUUUUCUGGUGGAGGCUACGGAACAAAACGACAGCCGAUGACCUCACCCUCAGAUGGGUCUCUUUCUUCUGGUGGUGUUGAUGGUGGAAGUGAUGCACCAAUAUCACAGUUUGAAAGAGAGGAUUCAGAUUCUCCUAGACACUCCACAGCCUCCAACAGUUCCAACCUGAGCAGUCCACCGAGUCCAGCCUCUCCUCACAAAACCAAAAGUCUCUCUCUGGAGAGUACAGACCAUGUGGGAUGGGAAACAUGAUUCCAGAACCUUGACAUUAUUAAGUCAAGUUUUCACCUCUUUUCUUCACCUCCCAUCAUCUCUUCUGAUUCUUGCUUCGGAAAGGCUGCACUGUGUUAGCCUUCUAGCAUCAUCAGCAGCUGUACCUCCAAUCUUAAGAAAUUCAGUGAAUCCAACUGUAAUGUCACCAGUGAGGACAGUGACAAACAUUGCAGGCAUCCAUACCACAAGAAUUGCCUGUGCUGUGACAUUGUCACACUUCCUGUGGGAGGGAUUUGCAGCACACUCCAUAGACAGACUACUGAAAGUACAGCUAAUAUCCUUGUUGCCAAUUGAUGCAUUUAUUUCACCUAAUAUUGGACCAGGACCUUAUAUUACAAAAUGUACAAAAAUGUGUACAUAAACACAUGUAUUAAGUUUAUAGAUAUUUAUAGUAGAGUUUGUCUUGUUGGCUUUAAACAAAGAUACAAGGGGCUGAUCUGGCCUUGACAACGUCUGCAUUUAUUCAAGGAGAGUCGUGUUGGUGAAAAAAAAAAAGAAAAUUUGUUUUUGCUGCUCAUUUUGUUGUGGACAUAGUUAUCUUCUGCAAGUCAAAUUUGUAUUGGGAGGGCACAGACUAAAACACUGCAGGGCCUCCAGAGUUGGUCACUAGAAGUGCCCGUCUAUCCUUGCAGUUUUUGAUUGCUGCUGCAAAACAAGCCGAUAAGACUGAUGAAGUGCAAGUUAGUGCUUUUUAAGAAGGUGCUGGCUCUAGACUAGUCAUGUAAGAAUGUAUUUAAUCCAAUGGGUUUUGCAAUAAGAAUGUUCUAUAGCAGCUUUCCAUUCCAUUUUCAAUUAUCAUUAGUCCUUCCAGCCACCAAAACAGCUUUUAUCCAUGAGUUAUGUAGCAGACUGCCGGGAGAAUUGCUUUAAUGCUGCCGUCUUUGGGAGUAGGAACAGUUCCCAUAUUGGUGUAAGAAAAAAAAAAAAAAUAUGUGUGUGUUAAUGCUGUAAAAUGACAAGUAGAAUUUAAUAUAUCUAGGAAAACAGAAACUCUGCUAUAAUGUGCAAGAGGCAUCAGGCAAGCCACCGUCUGGGUUUGUAGUGCUGUGGGCCUUCCAGCUAGCAAGCAAGCCUUUCCAGUUGUUUUU